CCCGAGCUCACUCACUCGGCGCGACUCCCUUGAGCCCGGUUUCUAGACGUUCAGGUCGCGGGGGCAUGCAAACGAUCAAUAGGUUCCUGUACGGGCCUACUCCCGAGGAGAAAGUAAGAGCAUGGCAGGCUAAGCUCCGGUCUGAGCAGCGUCAGUUGGAUCGGGAGAUGAGGCAGCUCGAUAUGGCUACAGACAAGGCAAGGAAGACGGUGAAGCAGCUCGCCACGAAGGGCGAUGUCAAGUCGGCGCGUAUCUUGGCGCGCGAGGUCGUCAGGAGUAACAAGCAGAAGGAUCGGCUUUCUGUGAGCAAGGCACGACUCGGGUCUAUAGGACAUCAACUGCAACAGCAGCUAGCAAUGGCGAAAGUAACGGGAACGCUGCAGAAGUCAACCGAAAUCAUGAAACUGUCUAACCAGCUCGUGAAGCUACCUCAGAUCAGCGCGGCCAUGCGCGAUAUAAGCAUGGAAAUGACUAAGGCUGGCAUCAUGGAAGAAAUGCUGGACGAUGUCAUGGAGAUGGACGAAGACGAAGAACUCGAAGAGGAAGCAGACGCUGAGGUGGAUAAGGUCCUCUUUGAUCUCACCGACGGUAAGCUUGGACAGGCCGGUGCUGUGGGUACAGAAUUGCCUUCAAACGAAGCGACGCUCGAGGAUGAAGAGACCCAGCGUGCUAUGGAGCAGUAUCGGCAACAACUGGACGGACUUCUCAGUAGCUGAGCAGCCGAUUCCAUGUUUAACGUUCAAGGGUUGCGAGUCCAAGUGUUAGUGCCAGUGUAUCGGUCUUGUAUUUUCGUAAUUAGAGCUUCACGGAUCCAUAUAUUCAUCUCGCAUUACGCGCUUCAAUGCUAUUCAC